AUGAGCUUUCGACGCACAUACACAUUCGCAGUUGGCAUCAACGAGAAGCCCUUCGAGGUAUGGCUCUCCAAGGCCUGUGCCGCCAUUAAAAAGUUUGGCAAGUCUCAUGCUCUUAUCUGCAGCGAAGUCAAGAACAUGACUACCGCGGAAUACGCGGACUAUAGAAACGCUAUCCUGCAGAUCAGCAAGACGCAGCAACACUGCGAAAGGCUUGGCUCACUACUUAUUGAAAUCUUCUUAUAUGAGAAGGACACACAUGCCCAGAAGGUCAAGCGCAUUCGGACUGGGAUGGAAGCUGAGUGCGAAGGUUAUUCUGGUCUUGGAACGUACGUGUCAGAUAUGGAGUUGUUUGGUGCGGCGUUUUGGUUCUGGCAACUUCAGGGCACGAAGCGAUACUUGUCCAAAACAUCGCCGUUCAAAGAGCUGCGAUUGGGGGACGUGAAGUCGAAGGCCGAAACCUCGAAUGACAUUUACACCUGUAUCCGAUAG